UAUUGUCCAUUAAAGAAUCCUCCUCCUUCUUUUUCUUCUUCUUCUUUUUGGGUAAAUUCUUCUUCUUCUUCUUCUUCUUCUUCUUCUUCUCUCUCUCUCUCUCUCUCUGUCUCUCUCUCUCUCAUGGCUUCAGAAGGAGGUGAAAAGCCAGAUGUUGGUUCCAACCAAGUGGGGGCAGCAGCAGUAGUAAAGAAAUUACCAAAGGGCGUUUGGGUGGUACCAUUGCUGAGGGUGGUAGCAUUUUUGGCGACUCUUGCAGCGACGAUUGUGAUGGGAAUUAACAGAGAGACUAAAACAAUAGUGGUAGCACUAAUUGGAAGCAGCCCUAUAAGUGCCACUCUCACUGCCAAGUUCCAACACACUCCAGCAUUUGUGUUCUUCGUUAUUGCCAAUGCAAUCGCCAGCUUUCAUAACCUGUUGAUGCUGGCUGUGGAGUGUUUUGGAAACAAGUUUGAUUUCAAGGGACUACGUCUUCUGUUGAUCCCCAUUUUAGACAUGAUGAUAGUGGCCCUUGUGUCAGCUGGGGCAGGUGGAGCAGUAUUCAUGGGUGAGCUAGGGCGGAAUGGUAACUCACAUGCUAGGUGGAACAAAAUCUGUGACAAGUUCGAGUCCUUCUGCGACCAUGGCGCUGGCGCCUUUAUCGCCUGCUUCAUCGGCCUCCUCCUCCUGAUGAUCAUCAACGUCAUUUCCAUCCUCAACCUUCGAAAUCAUCUCAAGUACUCCUCGACCAACUACUCUUUUCUCCCUUGAUCGAUGCUGCAUGCGUGCAGAAUUAAGCAAACGAAUGAACCAAUGAAUAAUCCUGAUGAUCGAUCAUCGAGCCAUCCAUAUCCUUAAACUCGUGUGACUUCAUGUGUGUUUAUUAGUACUUUCUUAAUAACUAUCUUGCUGGUUUGGAGAAUUGUAUUACAGCACUCUUGUUGCAAAAAUCUGAAAACACAGACCACUUACUGGUGGUGAGUCCUACAACAUGUUAAGUGAACUCCUGUGGAACCCUCCUCUUGUGUGCGAUUUGAUUCUAGAUUUGUGUGUUUUAUAUAUAGUAAUGUUACAGUUGUGAAA